AAAUCAAUUUCGCUUACAGUGUCAACUCACAUCACAUUAGGAAAUUUUCUAAAAAUAUGUUGCAUAUUGGGAAGCAACUGGCCAAUAGGGCGCCAAAGCUCAAUUUGACCGCUGCCUCCGUUUUGUCUGGAGGCAAAGUCCAAAAUAGCUCGCAAAACGCAACAUCGAUUAGAAAUCUUAAUCAACAUAAUAGCAACAAUAACAAUAGUAACAAACUCGUUAACCACAAUCUUUGCCACAAACGGUUAUCCAGCGGCAGUGCCAGUCAAAGUACAAACGUCAACAGAAUGAAGCGUUUAGCAGGAAAAGUUGCAGUAGUUACCGCCUCCACAGAUGGCAUCGGCUUUGCAAUUGCCAAGCGUUUGGCUGAGGAUGGCGCUGCGGUGGUCAUCAGCAGCCGCAAGCAAAAGAAUGUGGACAAUGCCCUUGCCGAGCUGCGCAAACUGAAUCUUAAUGUGCAUGGACUCAAGUGCCACGUGAGCGAAGCGCAAGAUCGCAAGCAGCUCUUCGAGGAGACCAUCAGCAAAUAUGGCAAGCUAAACAUUUUGGUUAGUAAUGCUGCUACUAAUCCUGCCGUUGGCGGCGUGCUGGAAUGCGAUGAGAAAGUGUGGGACAAGAUCUUCGAUGUGAAUGUGAAGAGCUCUUAUCUGUUGGCGAAAGAGGCACUGCCUUAUCUGCGGCAAGAAAAGGGCUCUAGCAUCGUCUUUGUUUCAUCUAUAGCUGGCUACGAUGCAUUUGAGCUGCUAGGCGCAUACUCUGUGAGCAAGACGGCGUUGAUUGGCUUGACCAAGGCAGCGGCCAAGGAUUUGGCACCUGAAGGCAUUCGUGUCAAUUGCUUGGCACCUGGUAUCAUCCGCACAAAGUUCUCGAAAGCGCUCUACGAGAACGAAGCUGCCAAUGAAGCUGCGCUUAGCAAAAUUCCCAUGGGUCGUUUAGGCACCAGCGAGGAAAUGGCUGGAGUUGUCUCUUUCCUCGUCUCUGAGGAUGCUGGCUAUAUAACAGGCGAGUCAGUCGUUGCCUCUGGUGGUAUGAGUGCUCGACUUUAGUGUGAUGCAUGUGUAUAUACUUAUAUUUGUAUGUCUUAUCGCCUAUGAAUAACAAAUGUGUGUACAAAAAAC